UCUAAGAUAUCCUAGCCGCUGUCGGCACUUGGCCGCAUGGUGCAGCACCAGCUCGGUAACAUAGAGAACCAUAGGCGUCAUUUCUUGUUAUUUCCUCUCUGAUAUAUGUUUACUUUAAUAUCGCUUAUUCAGUCGCUUGAUAUAUCGUCGGAAUAAAAUUUUAGUAAUGUGAAAGUAAUUUCAGUGUUAAAAUAACAAACAAAUGGCAGAAGAGGGAAAGAAGAUUUCUUUCGGUUUUGCGAAAUCUAUUAGGAAACCUGUGUUAAAAAAUGUUAUUCCACAAGAAGAAAAGAAAGUUGAUUACAUUGAAUGUCUUGAUGAAAAAGGUAUUAAAGUAAUAGGUGAGGAAGAAAAAAAAGAUGAACCUUUAAUUAUUCCAUUGCUAGGUUCAAAAACCUGGCACGAUAGAAUUGUUAAUAAAAUAGAUGCAGACAUUUUCCUUCCGAAGGCAGAUAAGGAAAAGGUAGAAGACACUAGUGUUAAUGAGUCAAAGCUAUCUAAUGGAAAAACAUCGCCAAUAAUAUCAAUAAAGAAAGAGCCAGUUGAAGAUAGUGAAAAUAAAGUUGUUACUUUAGAAGAGCAAGCGGCUAAAGAAAUCAUUGAGGAACUUAAGUCAAAGAAUGAACAUGAAACUAAAACAAAUGAUUUAACUUUACCUUUAGUAGAAGAUGAAUCAUUAAGAGGCAAAGAACAGUCUACGUUAGAAGAUUAUGAAAAAAUUCCUAUUGAUGCUUUUGGUGUAGCAAUGUUACGGGGAAUGGGAUGGCAACCAGGAAAGGGAAUUGGUAGAAAUGAAAAAUUAGUAGCAGCUGUCAUACCAGAAUUACGACCAAAAGGUAUGGGUCUUGGCGCAGACAAAGUAGCAUUGCAGAAGAAAAAUACAGAUUCCAAAAAAGAAGAGGAAGAACUUAAAAUCGAGAAAGGAACAUUUGUGAAAAUUAUAGCUGGAAAACAAAGUAAUAAUUAUGGUCAAAUAGAAGGAUUCGAUGAUGAUGCAGGAAGGCUCAUAAUAAAACUAGCUCUUGGUGGAAAUAUAAUAUCUGUAAAUGAAUUUAUGGUACAGCCAGUGACUAAAUCAGAAUAUUCAAAGAACUCAAAAGUUCUAAAUACAAAAAAGUAUGAGGAAUAUAAGGACAAGGAAUCCAAGGGACUCAAGCAAAAGACGGAUAGAAAAAGAUCAAUGUCCCCUGAACCCGAAGACAGUGAAGAUGGUGACAAGAGUAGUAAUAAACGAAAGAAAAUCAAAAGUACGAUGCAUAAUAAGGACAAGUAUGAUAAAAUGGGGGAUAAAAAAUCAGAAAGACGGAAAAGGCGCUCCGAAUCUAAUGACGACGGCGAUAGUGAUUCUGAAAAGAAGAGACGGAGAGAAAGAAGUAAUUCUAAUAGUAGUGAUUCUUAUAAAUCAAAAAGAUUGAAGAAGUCAAAGAAACAUAAAAAACACGAUUGCUCAUCUGAAAGAUCAAGUAAAAAACAUAAAAAGAAAGACAAAGAAAGAGAAAAAGUUAGAGAUAAGAAAUCCAGAGAUUAUGCAGACAGAAAGAAACACAAAAGACGAGAAAGAUCAAGAUCUCGAUCAUUUAGUAGGCAGUAAUAUUUUCCAGGAACGUAUUCGGUCAUUUUACUUUCAAGAUAAAUUGUACAAUUUUAUUUAUACACAUUUUAUAAUAAAAUGUAUUUUUACAAAAGUAUAUUUAUUUUCUUACCCUUAACUGGAAAUUACAUUUGAUUAUAAUAUGUAAUAAUGUUUACAAUUACAUCAAAAUUAAUGUCCUAAACUUUACCAAGAAUUAUUAAAAAUCCCUGCGUAUUGCUUACGUAAUGUUGAUAUUGAGUAGUACCAUACAUAACCUCAACAUUAUGAUACUUACAAACAUCGCUAAACAAGUAGUGCGAACGAUGUCGAGUAAGUAUUCACUAUGUAAAAAGUAUUUAUAGAUAAAAAGUAUGGGAAAUAUAUAACCGAAUGUAUUUAACUUUUCCAACAUUUUAGCAUUUCGCUUGGCGUUGGUACAACUUGAAGUAAAUGAAGUAAAACGCAAAAAUGUAGAGCGGGCAGUUUCCUACAUUUCUAGCGCAAAAGAGCGCAAUGCUGAUAUUAUAGCUCUUCCUGAAUGCUUUAAUUCACCAUAUGGAAUACGUAAUAAUUUGUUUUUUUUUUUUUUCAAUAAUUUACCAUGUGCGUAACAACUAUAUAGAAAAAAGUAAAAGUAGACAAAUUACCUUACCGUUUAUACUUCCAUAAAGAUUGUGAAUUGAGUCGAGAAUAUAGGAUUUCCCCAUUUU